AUGCGAUUCCACUCCAUCACGGCUGUUGCUGCAACCGUCGCGUAUCUUCAGCGUCCUUCUGGGGUAUCCGGUUUUGCUACGGCAGAUGUGAACGAUCCGACUCCGGCUCUUGACAACCACACCGCCGUUGUCGAUAAAAUGAGCUUGCGGGCUUCAGACGCCAUAAAUGGAGAAGAGAGGACACUAAAAGACGUAAUGGUUGAGCUAGUUCGCGCGGUCGGCCGACGAACCGAUUUGAAUCGCCUUCCCAGCUGGUCGAUGAUCUUUUUGCAGCACUGGUGGGAUCACGGUAGAUCCAUUGACGACCUCGCGAGGUCACUGAAGCUAUCGAUUGACACUCGCGAAACCGUUGAUUAUUUCAAGACUGGCGACUUUCGCAAGAUGGAGGUGCUAGAAUUCUACAUCAGCUUUGUCAACGUGAAGAAAGGAGGCAAGCAUAAGCUGAUUGAGACGCUGACGAAGAACUUCGGUGACCUGCACCUGUCAACACUCUUGAUGAAUUCGAUCCGAUCUCGCAAUCCGGAUACCGCUGGUCGUGCAGCACAAUUGCAGCAAGAAAUGAUGACAGGCUGGGCGAAGAGAAAGCUGACCGGUGAAAACGUGUGUGCCAUGAUGGAGCUCGAGAAGAAAGGGAUAGAUUUUUUUACCAGCACCGAGCUCUUGACAUUGGAACGAUAUGUGGAGCAUCUUCAGCUAGAACGCGUGCUGUACAAGGCUGACUUCGUACGGCUCCGGGAUGGAACUGAGAUGAGUCAGGAUGACUUUGAGCUGCUCCAAAAUCAAAUCGUUCUGAACAUUUUGACCGAAGCUUUUGGUGGUGAAGAGGAAUUUGCAAUGCUCGCUAGCGCAAAGCUUAUCAAGAGUCAUCAUCCGAUGGUCGGAAAGUAUCUUGAUACGUUGCUGCUGCGCUGGAAGAUGGCACAGAUAGAGCCAGACCAUUUGUUGAAGACCAAGUUCUUAGUGAUGCAUCCAACAGAAGGCCAAAGCAGAACGGUGGCAUUUAUUCGCCGCCGUUACCGCGGAUACUUUUAUCGGGACAUUUAUUCAUUACCGAUAAUCGUGCGAACUCAAAUGCGUCACCGGGGAAUCAGUUAG